ACACUCGAGUCCAGAAUCUCAGGACGGGAACUUUGGUACCGUGGACCCUUCAGAGGUUUUACAGCAGACUGUUAGAGAGACUUCAGCUUCUUCAGAGUUCUGGACGGAACCGGAUGACAGCGGGGUGGUUCUUCCGGCCGAGUGUGAGGGGACACAGCUGAAGAGGAUUUGAAGUUUCAGUUUUCAUGAAACUCGACGGUAAGUGAAAGUUUUACCGAGUUUAGACGAUAAAAAACGGAAACAUGGGCGACGGAAGGAGCUUUGGCGUUAAGGAAACCUGAAAAAGUGAAAAAUUUCGCGCUAAUCUGUCGGUUUUCUAGUUUGACUUCACUGAAUCCGUGAACGUUUGUCCGUUUUUACCGCUGGGACUCCGUUUUUUUUAACAUGGCUGACACUGAAUUAUCGCCAAAGUUCUUCCUGUUUGCUGUUUUUUUCUAACAUCAGUUAUAAACUAUUAAAAUAACCAAACUGAGAAAGUUCAGGUUUAUAACUCAGAGGAGAGUCAGAUCAGAGUUUUAGUGUCUGCAGCUGCUAUAGAGAGAAAAACACAAAUGUGAUGAAAAAGUAAGACAAGAAAAUUACGUCCAAAAUAAAGAAAAUUUCCCUUUAGUGAAUUUAUAAGGGAAGCUUAAUUCUCAGUAAAUAUAAAAUAUAUAAGUUUAAAUAAAAUAGAAGGAAAAUCUGCACAAUUUUACAUGUUUAUGAACUUUUAUUAUAAAAGAGAAUUCAGAGAUGGACCUUUUCUGCCAAACUUACUUUUUGAUAAAGUUAGGAGGUCCAAAAUAAAUCCAAUCCACGUUAUUUAUUUAACACAUUUUAACAAACACCAAUGCUAACAUUAGUGCUGCGCAAUAAGAAAAAAACAAAGCAAUAAAUAAAACACAUGAACAAGAAAAAAGUCAGCAUAAAACUUUAGCGACCACAAAAACAUCCUGCUGUUUAAAAAGUCAAAGGAUAAAAAUCUGUUUUUAGUUUGUUUCACAGUCUCCGGGACCACAUGAAAUCUGGAGAUCUGAAAACCUUUAAGGGCUGUAGACAUGGAGGGGUCAGAGAUUCACUGUGGUGCCAAUGAUUUAAAAACAAACUUUAAAACCUUUUAAAGGAAUCACAUGUACAUUUCCUGUAAACAUACAUUGAACAGGCUUCAGUCAUACAGAUGCUCUCUGUGGGCGAACAUCGAACAUGUCCUCAUAAGAAAGUCAUACUCUGCAUAGUAUCCAGCAAGAAUACCCCAGAAGUUCAGGAGAGAGACCCUCGGCCUUAUAACAACAUAUUACAUGAAUUUAGAAUAGCUAGGCACAGAUUGUCCAAGAGAAGAUCCAGAACUUCAUCAAAAAAUGAUUCCACAAGAGCCAGAAGAGGGCGCCAAAUGAACACAAUCCAAAACUUCCUCACAGGAACUAAAAUUCUUUAAUGUCAUCUUUCAAACUCUGUUUCUCUCUUUAGGAAUAAUUAUCUUUUCUGUAAGGGAAUGGAUUUGAAAAAAAGGAAAUGCAUUCAAGAGUAAACAAUAAUCUUAUUUUGUAAGCCCAUUAAGAUAUUGCCGUGAAGAAUAUUUAGUACUGGAACUAGACUGGAGGGAAAAUGGAUGGAAGGAAUUUUUGUCAGGUUUAUAGUAGCAGUACUGUACAAACUACGACUCAUGUUAAAACACCUAUCAGAUUAUUAUUUUCUCAUUCCAGAUAUCUGUCAUUAUAUUUUCUGUCAUGCUGAUGAGGGUACAGUAAAUACAGAUCAUCCAAUCACCCCAAGUUCAAAAAAGCAGCUGAAAGAACGUAUUAAAAGAAAUAUCAUCGAGUUACCGGUUUAAAGUGAUAGAUACUCUUAAUCGUCUACAUAAGGAACUGAGGCAGGUGACUGACAGACUACUGAGAUUCAGUUAACUGUUCCAAAACACGUUAAUGAGUAACUUUUAAUCCAAAGACUAAAGACUUGGUGACUGAUGCUUUGACUGACAUUACUGGUGAAAGGUCAUGAUUUAUAGUCCUUUUUGAUCUUGUUUAUGGCACAGGCAAGUGCCACCCAUCAUGCACUAUGUUUUAAGUUAAGUAAAAGAUUAUUUGCUCAUAAGUUGAUAUAACAAAAAUUAAGUCGAAUUGUGAUCAGCCACUUCCAUUCGUGUUUCCAAAUGUGAGGCUUGAAAGUGGGGCUGAUCAGUCGCAGUCAUGAUUCCCUCUUAGCGUUGUCAGGGUGACCAAGUAAAACACCACAGAGUCUUUGGGAAAACUGCCAGUACGGCUCAGGUGUAGCUUAAAUAACUACACCUCACUGGCAGAGUUCAUCUCUUGCAGCACAGAUAAACCCUUGUUAAACCCCCAUUAUCACUGUAGCAUUACUUGUAGUACAUUAGGAUAAAUUGUACUUAUUAAGAUCUAGCUCCAGCAUCACAGACAGACGUUUGUAUUUAACUUUAGUUUUUUUGCUGUGAAAAUACUCUGACUUUGAUUCGAUACCAGCAUCUAGUGCCUCAAAACCUUUGAAGGAAAAACUGACGUUGGCGUGCUCAUUUCCCAAUUUGGAAAAAGGUCUGUAUGGCUAAUUGAUACUGAAACCAGCAAAUUGCUAAUUUUUGUUUUUGUUUUCUAGAUGCAAGGGCCUGUGACUGAAGUCAGCUGUACCAUUGAACCAAUCUGCAAAUGGAACACAAAACAUGGUAGAAACUCUGUAUCCUCAACAGCUCAGACCGGCACAUACUCAAUCCCAGUGGCAGAAAGGCAAUACACAACCAAAAAAAAAACAUCCACAGACUACUCCACCAAACUGAGACACAGCCAGGCACAGUCACAGCCCAGCUGGUGUCUGUGCUGCAGCACUUAAGGUUGCUAGCCUUGGAAUUACAAUUAAGACCUUUUCUUUUCAGGAUCUGUGUCUUUUUAACCUGGAACAAACAGAGCACAUCUCCCCCACAGUUGCAAGUCUUUCAGGAGGAAAGUAUUUCCUGAUCAAAAGUUUGUGCUUCCCACCCACUGUUUUUUUUGUUUUGUUUUGUUUUUUGUUUUUUUUUUGCACAAAAUUGUUGCCAACCUCAAGGUAAAACCAAGUUGAAAUAUCUGAGGUAAAAGACAAUAGGACUACAAGUUAAAACUUCACCAGCUCCUUAUAGUGUCAAAGGGACUAAGAUGCAAAACACAACUCACUUUCUGAGCUGUACACCAGUGGAAGAUGAAGUGUCACCAGCUGAAGAUACAGGAGCUUUUGCCCAAAAUUUGUUAGCCUUUAUUUCUGAAAAAAUAGUGCAGUACCAGAAAGCCAGGGCUCUCAAGAACACUGAAGAAACUUCCUCCAACAUUGUUGCUGACCCUCCUAGUCUGGUGACUGCACCAGCAGUUGAGGAGCACAACUCAAAGGCUAGCAAAGGAGCAGCUGAUCCAACCUCCGGUGACUGUGCCACAUCUGCACCAGAGAAGUAUUCAACAGGUACGAUAGUCUCUGCUGUUAAAAGGACAAAACAUUUUCCCAAAACUGAAUCUGUUGUAAGUUAAUCAGUUUGUAAUUGAUUAACAACUUUAAAAAAAAGAAAUAAUCAAUGUAAAGUGUAACUUCAAAAACAGUGACUAUAGAACAUCCAUUGAAAUGAGAAAGUUAGUUUUAAAGCGAUGUGAUAGGUUCUUGAACAAUGAUAAUAUUGGUCUUUGGAAGUCAGAUUUUGCUUUAAAUAAGCAGAUUGCUUGUUUGGAGAAUGUAAGGACCAGAAUAGUGAUGAAUAACUUCUGCAGUUGUUUGAUGAAAAACAAAUAACCUGCAUCUCUUUAUAUCAACAGAAUGUCCACAUAUUAUAAGGGAAGUUGCCAUUUGCAGAGAGGAUGAAGAUGAGAGCCCUGGUCCUGUGACUACAGUACCAAGGCUGAUCUCAGGUGAACUGACAGAGAAGCAUCACAGUUCAACAUCUGACUGUUGCCCUCCUCAGGGAGAGAGCAGACUUCACUUGUUUGACCAACUAUCUGGCGUGUCUACGACUCCUAAACAAAUAAUUGAGGAGGAUCAACUGGUAAGAGGCACACAGUCCCUGAAGGGCGUAAGGCUCAUUCAUGUACAUGGUGACGCUCUCCAAACGGAUCUAUUACCUGAGAAAACAUCUGAACCUCUGUCACAUGAUGCUCUAAAUUUACCAAUUGACAAAACUCAGAUUCAUGCUGAUCUGUUGGUUCCCAGUCAAAAUGAAUGGCUUGGAAACAAAGUCCAUGAACAAACUGGCCAACGAGCACACUGGGAAGCAUUUGUCAAGCCAACUGUAAAUAGCUCAGACCAUGACGGCCUCUUGGAUGAUUGUCAGUUUGAAGGAGUGAGUAAGGAAGCCUCAGCUGUAAAACCUAUGUAUGAAGAUAUUUCAGAUGGAGAUCAGUCAGAUGGUGUUGGGGUUGAAUCGUUAAAUAUGAAACUUGUGAAAAAUCCAGAAUAUGAGGACAUUUCGGAGAAUGAAGACACGUCAGAGCCAGCCACAAAACUCCCCAAUGGACACUUGGGGGACUUGAGCCUUCCACCAAGGGUUGAAGACCCUCAGUCUGAAAGCCAAAAGUCUGAUAAUAUGGAAGUGGGAAGGCCUUAUCCUUUGUUCCGUUCACAAGAAACCCAAACAAACAAUGAGCAAAUGCUUUUCAACAACAAAGGCCCUGCACAUCUGCAGAGUGAACUUCAGCUAAAAGAAGAAAACCUUCAAGAAAAACUGAUUCAGAACCCAGCUUCACCCAAGAGUGUAUCAUCUGAUAUAGAACGUCAUUGCUCCCAGUUAUUCUGUGAUGAAUCGUGUGAUAGAAACCUUUCUGUCUUACAGAGUUCUGCUCGUUUUGAAAAUGAGGAGUCGGAUGAUCAGACUGAUGAUGACUGGAUAGUCAUACCUAUAAUACUGUCUGACCUCAGAUUUGAAUCAGACAGUGAAGACCAGAAAGGUUCAGAAAAAGUCCUGCUUAAAGAAAGCAACACUUAUCAAACCUAUUGGCAAGGUCCAACACCACUAACAACUUGUGCAUCAUCUGAGAUAGAGGUUUUUGAAACACUCGAUAGCUUUGUGAAAGCCACAGAUGUACAAAUAAUAGACAAGUUUGAGGUGGCAUCGUCCUGUAGCACACCUGACCAUGAAGUGGACUAUGAUGGAGAACCUGGUGUGGCUCAGAAAUGUAGGAGGCAGUAUUCUGAAUCUGAGGACACUGAAGACAGCUGUGAUUAUCCGUCUGAAUCAAAACUCAACCACAUAACAGCCUCCAGGCAACUUUUGGAGCAAAUGCCAGAACCUCUGACCCCAGCAACAAAGGUUGAUGUGUUAGAAACUGAGGGAAAACAUGGUAAAGUUAGAAAUGUGCAAAGAAGUCAAACCAGCAGAAGAUUUAAUGAGAUGAGAGAAAAACUAAGAAAAAUAAUUCAAGCCAAGGUUGACUGUGGCCAGCUGAAGGUCAAGAGAAAGAUUACUGUGAAUAAUUCUGAUCAAUCAUCCUCUGAUUCUGAGCCUGACAGUGAAGGAGUGAAAAGGGGGGUACGUUGUGCAAAAAAGAAAAGGAGAUUCCCCUUAAACUCAGAGACCAGUGAAGAUUCCUCAAAUGGUCAACAUGGGAACGAUUCAAGUGAAAAAAAGAGACACAAGUUUCAGAGCAACAGUUUGUCAUCUGUAACCCUUCAAGCAUCGCAAGGCCAGUCUAAUCUUUGUGAUGGUGGAGCGAAGUGUGGACAAAACAAUGCUGAACCUGAGUCUGUUCAACGUCAGACAGAAAAACACGAUACGUUUAACAGCGGUGAAAUAUUUCUUGGAUCUGAAUCGGAGGAUAAAAAGUUCCAGAAAUGCAAACAGAAAGCAAGAAGGAGAUGUUCCAAGGACAGAGGAGAUCCCAUGUUCAUUGCCAAAGUAGCACAACAGAGCCAGUCUGAGCUUGGUGAUAAAAAGGUGAAAGAAAACGAUCUUUGUUCUGACCAGCAGAUGGAAAGUAAAUCUGAUCCUGAUUCUGUCAGAUGUGUGACAGACAGAGACAGCGGUCCAAUCAUUAUUGAUUCUGACUUGGAGGAUGAAAGUAGUCAAAAUCACAACACAAAGGCUGAGAGGAGGAGGUUGUCUUCCCCUGACGUUGAGUCUUCUACACACAAGGCAGUUUUGCAGAAGAUUUCAACCUCAAGAGAUGUGAUAGUCCUGUCAUCUGCUUCAGAUAGUGACGAUGAGCAAUACCAGAAGAGAUCAUCCACUUUAGGGUUAGCAGGCUGUCUUGACAACACACAACCAAUGACACAGUCACCAGAACCUUUUGACACUGAGUUUGAAACUGCCCAAGAAAAACCCUGUGAAACCAGACUACCUUCUGCUGGCCCAAUACAGCCAGAAACCGUUCCAGAGGAGCCCUCAGCAUCACCAAAGUCUGAUCAAGAGGUUGGGAAAAACCAACGAUCCAAAAAAGCAGCAAAUGAAAGGGAAAUUAUCUCAACCAGUACAGAAGACAGCAGUGAUGAUACCUUUUCUGGCACAGGAGAUGGACCUCCUGCUGAGCCUGUAGAUUUUGUAGGUGCAACAGCAAACAGGAAGCCUGAAAAUGAUAGAUUGUCAUCGGAGUCCCCUUCAAAAAGACAGCACCGGUCUAUGGACAGGGGGGCCGACCCUGUUUCUGUGAUUCCUCGUCUUUUUGUUUCUAACCUUAAUCAACAAAACUGUCGCUUGAAACUUGAGAGUCAAGCUCAAAUACAGGCUCAUGAGAACCCGGCAGCAAGCAGUAAAGUGGACAAAAGCAGCACGGUUCAGAAUACAGUUGCAAAACCUUCACGGGUUUCAAGACAACUUUCUCUGCCUAACCAUACAGGCCUGUCAGACAACUACAGUAGCUUGUCUUCAACAAAUGGACCACUGACUGAAGUGAGUCAAAGCUCAGUCCCCUCAAAAGGUCUGCCUUUGGCUGGUGUAUCUAAAGAAGUCUCAACUGCUGGCAAUCUUCCUAGAUCCAGGCAUAGCUCAUCCCCAAAUAGACAAUAUUUGGCUUGCUCUAAAGUUCAGCGGUCCCUCUCUUACAACAACCCUCCAACAUCAAAUCAGCUUUACAGUCCUUCAGAAGGUUCAUCAUAUUCAAACCCACAAUUAGCAAGAACCAGAUUGUUUGAUGACUGGAAGAAUAGUUUCCCAAAUAAGGGGGAAAGAAGAAGAAGGAGAUCAAGGAUGGACGACAGUCUCAGAACCACACAUCCUUACUUGUCUGGCCAAGUCAGACCAGGACCCAGUCAUUCUGACUCAGCAAGGGAAGUGAGACCAGAACCUAGUUGUAGAGAUCAUUUGGGAGAAGCCAGACCUGGAUCUAGUUUCUGUCAUUCAGUGAAGGAAGUCAGACCAGAAAGGAUACCCAGGAGGAGCCACAAGUCCUUUGAGGUUACAGCCCCACUAAUGAAGAAGACCAUUGGUGACUACAAGCAGUUGCCGAAGGCCACAAGUAGGGAUCCUGCAAGGAAACAACGUGUGUUCUUUAACAUUCUCUAGAGUGUAGUAAUAAAUACAUAUUAUGUCUGUAUUCUAAAUACAUAAUGCUAACCAUCCUUGUUACCAUAGGUUACCCUGUGGGUGAAAAUUACAAGUGGAGAAAAUCGAAGAAAGGUGAUAACACGUUAACAUGAAGUCAUUGUUUUUAAAACUGAUAGAAGCUCUAUGCACUUGCUGUUUUCUGAUGUCCUAAGUACAAGUGUAACCCUGUUUUUUCUUGCUCACUGCUCUUUGGCUGUAGGACCCAUCAAGAGGGGUAUGCAGUGUUGAACUCCUCCAGGGCUUCAUACUUAAGAAAAAGAAGCAUUUGUCCUCGAAUCAACUCCGUUUUAAUCCCACAGUGAUUGAUGGGCGGAAACUUCAGUUUCUGUUGUGAACAGUUCAUUAUCAUUUAGUGGCAUAUGUUAUAUCUUUAUUGAAGAACGAGUGCAUUUUAACUGAAUGUCUGUGCAAAUGAGCUUGCUCUGAAUAUGUGUGUUUUUUUUAUUGAUUUGAAGUGAAAGUAUUUUUUUACCUGCUACCUCAGUUUAUAUAUUGUAGCACUACGUUGUUGUUGUUGUUGUUGUUUAUUUGCAUUUAAUGCUGUUCAGAUAUGAAACAGUCAAGUUCAGGGAUUUUUUUUCCCCUUGUUCUUUGUAUCACAUAUGUUAAAUGUUUUUGUACGACAAAAAGCAAUGGUUGCUAUGUUCCAAAAUGUUAAACUUGUUUCAAAAUGUUAACAAUGAAAUACUAAAAAAAGAAAGCAUCAAUA